AGAUUUGCUGCCGGGAAGGUUUUUCCUUAUCCGGAGAUAGAUAAGCGCUCGUGUAUCGGGAGUAAAGGAUUUAAUAGUAACGCGAGAGAGUCGGUGAUGGUGGCGGUUGUCAGUCGUCCGAGCGAUUGCGUAGUUGCGAGCGCAUGGCCAAACGUAGUAAGAAUUCAACGAGGGAGUUGAGAAGCCGGUUAAUUAUUCGUCGACGAUUCGAGUGAGCGAUCAGUUUCGUACGAGAAUAUGUUAAGUUGCGUGAAAAAUGUGAGUGUCUCAAGAGUUUUCACGUCGCGUUACUAUUGCGAGAGGAAAAGUUGACUCGGCGAUCGGAGUUCGCACGGUGGCAUUGAAAUUCCGUUCCAAUCUCCUCGAUAACGAAGAAUCCAAGUAAAAAAUGAAGUUUCCGUGUUGUCAGAGCAUCUACUAUCGUCGUAAAAGCAUCGAGAUCACCGGAGCCUCGAGGUCCGAAAAUUCGCAGCAAAUUUAUCGACGCUUGUCGAAUCCCCGGAGGAAAGAUGCGGUAAUCGGGGAAGGGGACGUUCCCAGCGUCCCCAAGGAGGCGCUCUCCAAUCACGAGAAAGACGAGGCCACUCGAAGUCGAAUCAAAGAUGCCAUUACCAGCAACCAGUUCUUGAGCAAUCUUCACAUCUCACAAAUCGAAGCUAUGAUCUCGGCCAUGUAUCCACAGGAAAUUCCACCGAAGACGAGGCUCAUCCGCGAAGGCGACAUCGGUCAGCAUCUUUACGUUUCGGAGGAAGGAAAAUUCGACGUUUACGAGGGUGCGGAGAAACAGGGGAGUUUUGGAGGGGGUGUCGCGUUCGGUGAGCUCGCGCUUCUGUACAACGUCAAAAGGCUGUGCUCGAUUGAGGUUGAAAACGGUGGCAAAGUUUGGGUUUUGGAUCGAAGGUCUUUUUUGGCUGGGAUGAAAAUAAUAAUAGAGGACAAAUUGUCACACAAUAUAAAGCUGCUGAGACGGAUAUCCGCGUUGAAGGAUUUGCCGGAGCACGUGCUCGCCAAAAUAUCGGAUUUGAUAUACAUCGAAUUUUUUCCAGCCAACUCUUACAUUCUCCGGCAGGGCGAGCCCGGCGAUAAAUUUUACAUAAUAAACGGCGGACAGGUCAGAAUAACUAAAACGACGGAGGAGGGUGGGGAGACGGAGCUCGCGGUGCUGGGGAAGGGGGAAUACUUUGGGGAGAAAGCUCUCUACGACGAGGAGGAAAAUCUGCGUCAAGCGAACGCGAUCGCGAUGCCACCGGCUUGCGAGUGUUUCGCAAUAGAUCGAAACUCCUUCCUCAACUAUCUCGGUAGCCUCGAGUCGAUUAAGAACAAAGAUUGGAUGGCCGAGUACGAGAUCCGAAAGCGGUCCCUGGAGCUCGAGUGGAGCAGCGACUACCCGGAGAUAAAGCUGGAGGAUUUGGUCGUCGAGAGCACCAUCGGGAAGGGCAGCUACGGGCGAGUCGAGCUCGUCACCACGAGAAAAUAUCCGGGCAAAAGUUUCGCCCGAAAAAAAAUAAAAAAAGCUAUGAUUACGUCGAUUCGCUAUCAGAAACAUAUUUAUAACGAGAAAACGAUAAUGCAGGCAUGCUACAAGUCAGAUUUUAUAUGCAAACUGUACGGGACCUUCAGGGACAGCAAAUACGUUUAUUUCGUGAUGGAAGCCUGUCUCGGUGGGGAUUUGAGAACGGCGUUGCACAGAAUCGGAAGAUUCGAUAAUCACACUGCGAAAUUCGUGUCCGCCUGCAUUCUCGAGGCACUGGACUACUUGCACUCGAAAGACAUCGUUUGCAGGGACCUCAAACCCGACAACGUUUUGAUCGAUGAAAAAGGCUACGUCAAACUGACUGAUUUCGGCUCAAGCAAGAGAAUCGGUCCGUACAAAACGACGAGUUUUGCCGGAACUCCCGAAUACAUGGCUCCGGAGAUAAUAUUGACGGAGAAUCACGACAGAGCAGCUGAUUACUGGUCGUUUGGAAUCGUGAUUCACGAACUGAUAGCGGGACGACCACCGUUUUAUGACGAGGACAAUUUGAAGCUGUACAACAAAAUAGUUAAUGGUUUGGAGGACCGAACGUUUCCUGAGUACUUUAAAAACUCGGCGGCGAAUAUCAUCCGACGAUUGCUGAAAGUCAAGCCGACCGAACGCUUGGGAUACCUUCGCGAUGGAAUCGACGGAAUUUACAAUCACAAGUGGUUCAAAUCUUUCGAUUGGAAAUCCCUGAGAAAUUUGUCACGGACGUCGCCACUGAAGCCAAAGGUUAUGAAUCACUUGGAUACGAGAAACUUCGAACCGUGUUCACCGGAUCGCGAACCGGCGCCGAACGAUUUUUCUGACUGGGACGCUGAUUUUUAAUAAUCACUGAAAAUCGAGAUCGAUGUCCAUGAGAAUAGAAAAUCCGAAUGUUCCGCGAAGGAUUAUAUUUCUUUUAUGGUCGAAUAAAAUGGUCUGUCAGUAAAA